AAUAGAAAUUUGAUUACUAGAAUUGAAACUGGGGCAUGCUGCCUCAAGGUGCUAAAGCCACAACCGCUAUGGCAAUUACGAUUGAUUGACAGAUCAACGGAGAGAAAGCGAGAUUGGGGAAGGUGGCCGCCGGCGUCGUCACUCCUCCGUCGGAGCACGAAGGAGUUCUGAAGAACUUUCGUGAGAAAAUCUCUUAAUUUUCGUUUCUCCGCAGCGAAUUUUGUUAGGAUAGGGGAAAAGAUGGAGAAAACUGGCCAACCCUUCCGUCCACAGCGAGGAGGAAGAAGAGGAACAGUCAGAACAACUCGCUCUUCUUCUUCUUCUUCUUCUUUUGGAAGUGAAUUCCAAUCCAGGCCUUCUUCAAGACCCGGCCCUCCCAAUCACAACAACAGUUUCAUCGUUCGCAGAUCGGACAACAACAAUCUUCCCAGCAAAGAUUACCAGAGAAACAAAAGGGUCCAACAUCAACAGCAACAAGAAGAAGACGAUAUAAUGCCCUCUUCUUCCUCCUUAGUCGGAACUUGCCCUUUUAUGUGCCCCGUUGAAGAAAGAAUGCAACGUGAGCGCUUACGAGAUUUAUCUGUCUUUGAGAGGUUGAAUGGGAAUCCUGGGAAAACAUCUCCAAGUCUUGCUGUCAAGAAGUUUUGCAGAACAAUAUCCACAAAGCAUGUGCAAGCUUCAGAUAUACGGCCUCUACCCAUUCUGCAAGAUACUUUAAACUACCUUUUGAGCUUGUUGGAUUCUGAUGAACAUCCUUUUGAAGUGGUUCAUGACUUCAUGUUUGAUAGGACAAGGUCCAUAAGACAGGAUCUUAGCAUGCAAAGGAUUGGCAGCUAUCAAGUAGUUCAGAUGUUUGAGAAAAUGGUUGAAUUUCAUGUUAGAUCCCAUCACAAGCUUCGAAGGUGCAGUGGAGAUCCGAAUAUUUCUUCAAUGUAUCACCUCAACCUGGAGCAGCUUACAAAGGCUCUGACGUCUCUAUAUGAUCUCUAUGAAGCAAACAGGAAUUCCCAGCCCAUUUAUGAGAAUGAAGCAGAAUUUCGUUCACUUCAUGUGCUGCUUCAUCUUGGUUCUGACAGAAAACCAAUGGGAGAAUCACUGUCGCUGUGGUUUCGUCUUGUGUCUUCUCCCAUCAUGAAAUCUAAGGAAAUGUGCUUUGCCAGAAGAGUUUUAAGGUUCUAUCAUUUGGGCAAUUACAAGCGCUUCAUCUAUACUACAGCCGCUGAAGCAUCCUCUCUUCAGUAUUGCAUUGUUGAACCAUUCAUUAACGAGAUUCGGGCAUUUGCGGUGUCCUGUGUGAAUUAUGGAGGUUACAAGCUUCAUCCUUAUCCACUGUCAGACUUAUCCAAACUCUUGAUGAUGAAGGUAUCGGAUGUGGAAUCAUUGUGCCAUGAUUGUGGUCUUGAAACCUCCACAGAUGAAGCAGGGAAUAGGUUCUUACCCACCAAGCAAACAAGUUUUUGCCAUCCAAGGGGAGGGUUCCAGAACUAUGGUCUAGUGGGUUUAAAAUUCCUUUAGAGCUAAUAUUUAUGCAUAAAGGUGCCAAUGUGCGAGCUUCAUUACCAGAGUAGCAGGUAACAAAAUUCAGAUUUUACUGUUCCUUAGGGCUGCUGAAGCCAGAAGAUGUAUGGCUGUGAGAUGUGAAUUUAUUGUCUCUUGGAAAUCUGGUUUGAUUUUGUUGUGUGGUACUUUGAGAGAUGUAGUAGUAAAGAUAGAAGCAGGGUGGGCUGCGGGGGCACCCGUUCAGGUGGAGCAGGGCAGCUUGAAGGCUUUGCUUCUUGAUUCUAAUCAUUUAGAAGCAUUCACUGUGAUCUAGAAUAUAUGCAUGUGUGUGUGUUUUCUUCAGCCCCAUCUGUAUGGAAGACAUGUAUCCGUAUUUGUAUCAUUUAUAAAAGAUGAGAUGUAGAAA